GGUUCCAACAUCAGUAGGGGGAAAUCUUGUUGCAUGCGCUUGAAAAAGUUAAGUCACCGCCUCCAGGUAGGAGCUGAAGGGGAGAGGUGAGUUUGCAUUUGGGGCAGCCUUUGACUUGCUGAUUUUUGGACAUAGGCAAGAAUCUGCUUAUCUAUACGUUUGUUUUUGUUUGUUUUCAAAUGCUAACUUGUUUCGGAAAGCGAAUAUUUCCUUUUUGUUUCCCUUUUGCAACCUGUAAGUGGCUCACCAGGUCGGGGGGUGUCUGCGCUCGUGGGUCAGUGUCUGCCAGCGGCUUAGCCGUGAUGGGAACGUCUUGGGAUGUGAGGAAGGCAUCUGAGCACGUGCAGAGUGUCUCCCAGGGCUCGCAGAUCGGGACAUUCCACAGCGGGUGUUGAAUGCAAGGUAGUCCUCGGGGGUGAUUUUUAAUUAGGCCUAAAGCCUGGUAACCUUUGCAUUCUUUCAGAAAUUAAGAAAUAUGCAUGCAUGGAGGAAUAACACGGUGGCUAAGAACUUUGAGGGCCAUGCGAUUGCCAACUGACCAGACAAAAGCCAACCUGGCUUGCUCCUGUUACAGUUUGGUGCAGAGCUUACAGCCAAGUAAAGUUUUUAGGGAGACAAAGUUGAUGAGGCUUAUGAGUCUUUAGAUUCAAGCUGUUUUUAAAAGGGGUGGUUUCUAAAGUUUGCAAUCCUGUGGUGGAAGGAAGGAAACAGGGUGUUGACAGGGAAAUUCCUGAGUUUGACUAAUUUAUUUCUUGGGGCGUUUAUUUCCUCUUCCUCUCUUUCUAUUUUACUUUAUCCGUGGGUUAGAAAAGUCUGCAAUUUAAUUCUAAAGGCGCAGGGGAGUGAAAAAUAUAUUAAUCAUCUGUGCAUAUAACUUGGUAUGCAAAUGCCAAUAUAAAUAAAAUAUAUCUUAUUUGCAUAUACUGGAUCCAGUAUGGCAACAAGUAUAGGCCAAUACCCUGGUUCAAUUAAAGGUGUUCCAGCUUUAAGGUAUGUUUGAACACAGAAAGUGGUAGAGAGAAGACCCCUCCAAAUGUUGUUUUGAUUGCAAGUUUAUGAUUAUUUGUGCUCAUGAUGCUAAUGGGGAAGUCACAUACCUCCCAGCUUUCAAUACUGUUUGUGCUUGGGUCAUUCACACUGCUUCGGUUCUAAUCUGGAGGGCACAAGGUUGGGGAAGGCUGGUGCUUCAGGAAACCUGGUCCUAAACCAGAAAAGCACAGGUCACAUCCACAGCAUACAUUUAAAGCACACACCUUCCCCAAAUGUAUCAUGGGAACUCUAGUUUACACUUCACAGGGCUGCAAUUCCCAGCUCCCUUAACAAACUGCAGUUCCCAAUAUUGUUUGGGGGGGUAUCCAUAUGCUAUAAAGGUUUGGUGUGGGUGUGAGCAAAGGGUGGGAGGUGUCUCUGUGUAUAUGCCGUUGGUAAUUUGCAAGGGUCCUGGGCGUUUUUAUACACCCAGAGCCCAGCAUUCUGGAGCCAGUGUGGUAUAGUGGUUAGAGCGUUGGACGAUGACCUGGGAGACCAGGGUUUGAAUCCCCACUCAGGCAUGAAGGUCUCUAGGUGGCCUUGGCCCAGUCAUGAUCUCUCAGCCUAACCUCACAGGGCUGUUGUGAGGAUAAACUGAAAAGCGGGAACCACGUACAGUGGUACCUCGGGUUACAUACGCUUCAUGUUACAGACUCCGCUAACCCAGAAAUAGUACCUCGGUUUAAGAACUUUGCUUCAGGAUGAGAACAGAAAUCGUGCUCCGGCGGCGUGGCAGCAGCAGGAGGCCCCAUUAGCUAAAGUGGUGCUUCAGGUUAAGAACAGUUUCAGGUUAAGAACGGACCUCCGGAACGAAUUAAGUACUUAACCCAAGGUACCACUGUAUAGCCCCUUGAGUUCCUUGGUUGGUGGGAGGUGUAUGUAAAAUGGAAUAAAAUAAAUAAAUCUAAAAAUAUACUUACUCAGAUGUAAGUCCCACUGAAAACAGUACACUAUAGAAUGGGUGACUAGAUUCCAUGGUUUUAGGGACAGCCCCCAAAUGUCCAAAUGGUGUGGAUUUGAUUUAAAUCAGAUUGAUUUAAAUCACUAGUCAGUAACACUUGAUUAAAAUCAUUUCUUUUUUACAGAAAGACUUAUUCUUGCUGGUGUAAUCUUAAUAUUUACAACCAGAUGAAGGUUUCAUUUUUGGAAUAAUAAAUUUUCAGAGUGCUUUUUACAGUUAAAUAAAAAAUUACUGAUUUUGUUAUACUAUAAGAAAUACAUAGAUAAUUAUGAAAUUAUUGUGAGGUUUAAUAAGUUAACUGUUUAUAUUUGGGCAACUUUUCUGCUGCACUUUUUUGGAAGGAGAAAAAUAAUCACUUCCUUAGGAACAAUUUAUUUAACUAAAACAAUAACAUUAUAGCGUAUGUAUCCAUGCUUGUUAACUGAUGUGGUCAAACAAUUUUUUAAAAACAACAACACUUAGAAGAAGUUUUAGCACACAUGAAAAACUUAAAACAAAUCCUUAUUUCCUGAUGGACUAUAAUGUAACUUAAAUAGAAAACUAUCUUUGGAAAGAUUUUUCCUCCAAAAGCAUUUUAUUUUAAAAAUCCAAUUUAAAUUUUAAAAAAUCUGAUUUAAAUGAAACAAAUCUGAUUUUUUUAUUUUUAAAAAUCAACGAUUUUUAUCCACCCUGGGGUGGAUAAUAGGGGUAAAAAUACUGCCAUUUCAAAUGACCACUGCAUUGCACCUAGGGCUGUUUUGAGUAUGUCUCCCUUCCCCAACCCCAAAACCAGAGUACAGUGGUACCUCGGGUUAAGAACUUAAUUCGUUCCGGAGGUCCGUUCUUAACCUGAAACUGUUCUUAACCUGAAGCACCACUUUAGCUAAUGGGGCCUCCCGCUGCUGCCGCACCGCCGGAGCACGAUUUCUGUUCUCAUCCUGAAGCAAAGUUCUUAAGCUGAGGUAAUAUUUCUGGGUUCGUGGAGUCUGUAACCUGAAGCGUCUGUAACCCGAGGUACCACUGUACUGUAGUUUGUUGGCUUUAGGGGCCCCCCUUGAAGAUUCCUUAUAUAGGUACAUUGGAAGUUGUCUCCUACUGAGUCAGACCAUUGGUCCACCUAGCUCAGUCUACACUGACUGGCAGCAGCGCUCCAGGUUUUCAGACAGGGGGUGGGGUCUGUCCCAACCCUACCUAGAGUUUUCAGGGAAUGAACCUGGGAACUUCUGCACACAGAGCAGAUGCUGUUCCUCUAAGCCUGUACUUCUGAAAGCCUUGCAGUUCCUUUUAAGCCUGGUAGUCCUUUCUUUUGGUGUUGCACAAUGAACAGCACUCGUUUCCCAAAACCGGUUUGAAGUCCAUAUAGUGAUACCGGUUUCAUAAUUUUUGACCUGGCAAUAUACCGCGAAUCACGACGUGGAUCUUCCUCUUCACCUAAACAGAUUAUUGCUGCUCAGUACACAGAACAUGAGACUCUUAAUCUCAAGGUUGCAGGUUCAAGUCUCGUGUUAGGCAAAAGAUUCCUGCAUUGCAGGGCAUUGGACUAGAUGACCCCCGUGUUCCCUUCCAACUCUGCUAUUCUACAGUACUAUGAUUCUCUCUCUGUGUGUUUGUGUGUUAUGCAAAAAAUCACAAUGUGGGGAAAACCGUGAAGCCAGCCAAUGCCUCUACAUAGCUCCAUCCUUAUUUCAGACAUUGUGAUAUAUCGGUAUAAUGCGAUGAUAAUAACAACAAUAAUUUAUUGUUUAUACCCUGCCCAUCUGGCUGGGUUUCCUCAGCCUCUCUGGGUGGCUCCCAAUAGAAUAAUAAUAAUAAUAAUAAUAAUAAUAUGAUAAAACCUCAAAUAUUAAAAACUUCCCUAAGCAGGGCUGCCUUCAGAUGUCUUCUAAAAGUCAGAUACAGUGGUACCUCGGGUUACAGGUGCUUCAGGUUACAGACGCCUCAGGUUACAGACACCGCUAACCCAGAAAUAGUACCUCGGGUUAAGAACUUUGCUUCAGGAUGAGAACAGAAAUCGUGUGGCGGCGGUGUGGCGGCAGCAGGAGGCCCCAUUAGCUAAAGUGGUACCUCAGGUUAAGAACAGUUUCAGGUUAAGAAUGGACCUCCGGAACGAAUUCAGUUCUUAACCCGAGGUACCACUGUAGUUGUUUAUUUCCUUGACAUCUGAUGGGAGGGCGUUCCACAGGGUGGGCGAUGUUUAGCUGGUGAGAUAUCGCAAUGUUGAAAACCAGAUAUCGCCCAGCCCUACUCAUGGCAAGAAUGUCAGAAAUAGAGGGAAUACUGUAGUUAAUAAACUGUCUUGUUCUUUUUCCUUUCUCCUCACACAGGCAAUUGAUUUGUCUCUCACCUCUGCAGCAGCAAUGAAGCCCCGGCAACUCUUAAUUGCUGUGAAAAGUUUUGCGGGGCCCAGCAAGGCAGGGCGGGAGGUCAAGGUGGCCAGAGGCAGCCUGCUGUGCCUAGAGGAUGGCCGUGGGGCAUCGCCAGAUGGAACUUUCUGGGUCAGGGUCAUGGAUACGGAGAAAGUGGUUCUGCUGCCUCCACGGGUAGCCGUGGAACUGACGGGCGCCUGUUCUGGACUCCUGGAAGCUGUGACCAACGGAGAUGAGCGCCUUGCGCUGUUCAAGAAGGAGCAGUUGAUGCAGCGGCUCAGUGUUCUCCGGGAGGGAGACCAAGUCAGGGUCCAGAUCACUUCCGCCUCCGGGAAGAAAGUUCGAGGCAUCAUUCGAUACCGUGGGCCCAUAGACAAGAGCAAGCACAAUACCAGCAUCAUCUUUGGCGUUGAGCUUGUGGUGAGUUGAUGGGAAGGGCAUCUUCUGUGGAGUCCGUUAGCAGGUUUGUUUUUGCAGAAUAUGUUCUCUCCUUUUUGGAAAACCGUUAAAUGGAUAUGCAUGGAAAUUCAACAAAGGGGAAGCGUGGAAGUCACUUAACAAUGUUAAUAAGUAUAAUUUUUAAUAAGAUUAUGAUAUGUGUUUUUUUGUUUGUUUAUAAUUUUGUGAAAAUUAAUUUAAAAAUUUGGGAGGGGGGGAGAAAAGAAUAUAUUCUCUCCUUAGCACACAGGCUUCUAGUUCCUUCUUCCAAGGAAGAUAAGACCUGUACACACACACACACACACACACACACACGGGCACCACAGCUUUAUCUGCCCAUCUGUUUCUUGCCCCACAUUGUCCUAAUUUAUUUCAACGUUGAACUCAGUCGGCAAAGUAUAAUUGCAAAAAACAACAAACACAAAAAGGAUUUCACAUGCAUAGCUUCAACCUGUAUAGCUCUUUCUCUCACACAAGAAAAGGGAAAUGGUGUAGGGAACGCUGAAGGAAUUAUAUGGAAGAAAAUAUGUUCUCAGAGCAUUGGGGAGACCCAUGUUCAAAUCCUUCUUUGGCCACACAGUUCACUUUGUGAUAUUGGGCCAGUUGUGGUCUGUUGUCCUAGCCUACCUCACAGGGUUGUGGUGAGGAUAAAAUAGGGGUGGGGAGAAAUAAAGGAGGGAGCACCUUUGAGAUGAGCUCUGUUCCUUGACUUUUGUAGGGCUCAGCAGCCGGGAAGGGUUUCACCGACGGCACUUUCAAAGGCCACAAGUUCUUCUCCUGCCGGGAGAACUGUGGAGUCUUUGUCCCUGUCAACCGGAUUGAGCCGGAUGACUUGCCCGAAGGCAGCCCACCGGCGCCCCCGAGAGGCAGCGCCCGGGAAUGCACGCGGAUCCAGCUGACGACGGGAGAUCCCUUGUCUACUCCGGAACUGGAGAUUGGGGACCGUGUUUUCUUCAAGAUGGAUGACAUCACCCCCACCGGCACGGUGGUGUACUGCGACUACCUCCCCAAGAAACAGGAGACUGGGGUGUUCGUGGGGAUACACUUGGUAAGGAGGCGUCAACCCUUCUCUACUGCCCUCUGCUGGGAGGCAGAAAGAGGAAUUGGGGGGGGGGGUUCAGGCUGAAGGAACCCACUCUCCAUACUGCAAGGAAUAUUUAAUCUCACACCCAUUUUGAGUACUAAAUCCCCCAAAGUGAGUUAAAAGUCGGGGAUGAUGGGCAUUGUGACCUUAUAAAUGCUGUUGGUUAGUUGUUGUUUAGUCAUUUAGUCGUGUCCGACUCUUCGUGACCCCAUGGACCAGAGCACGCCAGGCACUUCUGUCUUCCACUGCCUCCCGCAGUUUGGUCAGACUCAUGCUGGUAGCUUCGCGAACACUAUCCAACCAUCUUGUCCUCUGUUGUCCCCUUCUCCUUGUGCCCUCCAUCUUUCCCAACAUCAGGGUCUUUUCCAGGGAGUCUUCUCUUCUCAUGAGGUGGCCAAAGUAUUGGAGCCUCAGCUUCAGGAUCUGUCCUUCCAGGGAGCACUCAGGGCUGAUUUCCUUAAGAAUGGAUAGGUUUGAUCUUCUUGCAGUCCAUGGGACUCUCAAGAGUCUCCUCCAGCACUAUAAUUCAAAAGCAUCAAUUCUUCAGCGAUCAGCCUUCCUUAUGGUCCAGCUCUCAUUUCCAUACAUCACUACUGGAAAAACCAUAGCUUUUACUAUACGGACCUUUGUUGGUUAGUUAUUCCCAUGUUAAAGCUGGCCAACAUGCUUUAAAUCUCCUGGUGCUUCAGGAAACAUGUUUAGUGAUGGCUUCUUGUGUCUCGUCCGCCCCUGAGUCCUGGGUCAUUGGUAGAGCAUCUACUUUGUAUGCAGAAAAUCCAUGGUUCAAUUAAUGGCAUCUUCAGGUGAGAUUGAGAAAAAUUCCCUGUCUGGAAUUAUUGAGAAGCACUUCCGGUCAGUCCAGACAGUACUGAACUAGAUGGACCUGUUGUUCUGAUUCAGUAUUAAUGGAUUGAUUUAGUGCAGUGGCUCCCAAUUGGUGCUCCGUGGAUCCCAGGGCGACUGCAUAACCCACCCAGGGGGGUCCAUGGCACCGUUCACAUAACAAAAACUACCAUAGAAAUAUCAACGUUGUCAAAAGUAGGGGGUCCAUGGCUUGGCUUUUGAAAAAACAGGGUUCCUCACAGAUUUAGAGCAUUUGUACCCUGCUGUUCAACUCAAAAAGGCUCCCAGAGCAGUUUACGUGCCGUCAGAACAAGACAGGCCUCACCCACAGGCAAAACAUGGCACACAAAGGAAAGGAGGCAGGAAAGGAAGAGGAACACUUCAGUAAGGCAGAUUCUUGUGUUCCCUCAAUUCCUUACCCUGGCCUCCACGCCUCACUCCAACCUACUGUUCUGGGUAUGCCCAGUGUUGGCUCCAGGUUUUGAAGGCCCAAGACACUCCCCAUGGAUUCACCAAGCCCUUCCGUAAGUCUACCUCCCCAUGACAGCAAGCCUGGGGGCUCUCAUCCAUGGGCUUUCUGUUAUGUGUGGGCCCUUUGCAGAUGCUGGCAAUGUCCGCCUUAGCACCCACCCCAGGUGUGCCACGUGGUGAUUAGGGGACGGGGAUAGCAGCCAGUCCAGAGACCCUAGACUCUUUUUUCACCGUCUCAUUCAGGAUAAACCAGUCGGGUCCUGGGAUGGCCUCUUCAGAAACCGUGUCCUGUGCCAUAUCCCAUCUCCUGAGUAUGGUAUACUCCUGCCCAUCUCUAAAGUACACAAAGGUGAGUUGUACAAUAACGAAAGUACUUGGGAUGUCGUCUGGUUUUUUGUUUGUUUUUUAUGUAGCAGGUCUGAGGGACCUUCCGUAUUUUUCGCUCUAUAAGACACAUUUUCCCCCUCCUAAAAAGUAAGGGGAAAUAUGUGUGCGUCUUAUGGAGUGAAUGCAGCUAUCUGCGCAGCUGUCACUGAAGCCAGAACAGCAAGAGGGAGAGCUGCGCAGCAAUCCCUCUUGCUGUUCUGGCUUCAGCGAUAGCCGCACAAAGCCUCUUCAACGAAGUGGGAGCGUUCCUCCUCCCACUUCGCUGAAGAGGCUUUGCACUGCUCUGUUGAACCCAGCACAGCAAGAGGGAGAGCUGCUCAGCUCCUCUUGUUGUGAUGCCUUAGCCUGAUCCUCCCUCCUCCUUCCACUUCAACAACAUUUGAUUCAGAAUACUUUUUUCCGUGUUUUCCUCCUCUAAAAACCCGUCUUAUGGUCGGGUGCAUCUUACAGAAUGAAAAAUAAGGUAUAUCAGUCCAAGGGCCUCAUUUCCAUCUGUGCAAACCUCUGGAGGCUGCAUAAAAAGGGCCCAGGAAUGGUCCCUCUGGUCUGGUGCUCUUCCCAGAUACUUAUGGGAAACCUGGAAGCAGGACCCCUGAAAAAGCAGCGUCCUCCACACUUGUGAAUCCCAUCAGUUAGUAUUCAUAGAACUGUAGAUCUGGAAAGGACCGCAAAGGUCAUCAAAUCCAACUCCAUGUAAUGCAGGAAUCUUUUGCCCAACAUGGGGCUUGAACUCACAAGCCUGAAAUUAAGGGUCUCCUGCUCUACUGGCUGAGGUUAUCCCAGCAUACUGUGGGGUUUAUGAUUUAACCGAUCUUAAUGCACUGCCAAGUGGGUCCAGUAACGGUUCCCCAGUGGGCACUAGUCCAGCAGAGUUACCAGUUAGCAGAGACUCAGUGUGGGUGGAAUGCCGGAGCACAGAUGGAAAACAAUUAAUCCACACGACAGACCAGCAGUCAGACAUAAUGACUUUUAUAUCGGCUUUUACAGCUUAAUUGGUUGCAGUAUAUACAAGGUUCCUAAACAUUUCCUUGGAGAAAGGCACAUUCUCUUGGAGAGAAUUGCUAUCUCUCCCUCCCAAAAGAACCACCGUCCAUCAAGAGUGUCCUUGCUUCUGCACAGCUUCACUGAUCCACUGCUACUCAGCAAUCUCACUGAUCCACUCUUCAGCUAGUCACAAACCUCUUCCAGAACAUAAGUUUCACUUUUCAGUCCCAGAGAAGCUACGCAUGCGCAUGGCUUCAUUCCAGUGACCUUGCUUCUCUUGGGAACUUGCUUCACACAAAGACUAAACAUAGAUAACAAUCUCUAGGCAAUUUAAUGGAAGACAAGGCUGUCAAAUGUUUGUGGCUGCCACUACCACUUACAGUAGUUUAGCCAUACGAAUAAAUCCCAGUGGUGGCUGGGGCGAGAGGCAAAUGUGGGCAGGCCAAUGAACCUUAAUUUUACCUUUGUGUAGCAAGCUGGUUUCUACACAUGCUCACAAACCCCUCCCUAUCCUCUGUCCGGAAAAGAAAGAGGCAUAAUCGGGGUUCAAGGACAAAUUCCAGCCAGGCAAAGGCAUUGAACAGGAUUGCAGAUUGGGACCAGUGAGGGCAGAGUUUCAAGGGCCAAAUAGAGGAGCCUUGGGCCUGAGGUUUCCCUUCUCCUCCUCUUCCUCCUCCUCCUCCUUCUUUGUUAGCAGGCACAUGUAACUACUUGGCUGGCUACAGAGGGAUUAAGAAAGGAUUUUAAGAAGUGUUAUUCAAUUUUUGACAACUUUUCAUAAUAAUAAUAAUAGUAGUAGUAGUAGUUGUUGUUUAGUCGUUUAGUCAUGUCCAACUCUUCGUGACCCCAUGGACCAGAGCACGCCAGGCACUCCUGUCUUCCACUGCAUAAUAGUAGUAGUAAUAAAUAGAAUAAUGAAAAGCGUCAGGUGGUCAGGUUCUAUGACAUUUUGAUAACAAACAUCAUUUUUAAAAAGUAUAUAUUGCUACCCAGCCAAUAGUAAAGCAAAGGUAUAUCUUUACAUGGGGCUUUUUGGCAGCCGGAAGUCACAGGAACUCAGUAAAGCUGUGUAUACACCACUCAAAAUUAACCAGUGACAGUUACAUUUUAUAAAUUUUAUGCAAAUUCAGAUGGUUUUCUGUGUUUUUGCAAAAUUCUUCUUCUUCCAGCUAGUGAGAGGGACCAGGCGAUGAGACCAGCCCCCUCCCCUUUUCCUGUUGGCCUUCGAAAUUUUUCCUAGGCAUUGUCCCACAUUGCCAAUUGCAUACCCUUAAGGGCUAGAAACUUGCUCAGGUUUCCCUGCCCCUCCAUUUUAAAGUUGAGAUUCUCUCCUGAACUCCAGAACUGCACACUUGGGAGGGUUAGCGGCCAAAUUGGAAGCAUAUUUUUAGGCUUGAGGUGCUGGAUUAUGUAAUCUGCUGUUUCUCUCUCUCCCUCUCUAAAGAACAAGCUGACAGAAUCCCUGAGACUUUGCCCAGCAAUUCCUCUUCACCCACCUCAGAUGAAUUUGAAGAUUGCCCGUCCCCCUCAUCCAUCAAGUAUCCCCCCAAACUGGAAGAGUGCUCGCCCAAGGAGCCCCUAAGCUUGGCUCCUUCCAGAGAACUGGGGGACCACAAGACCAAAGACUUGGGAGUUUUGAAGAAGAAGAAAAAUGGGGAGAAGGAGGAAGAAGAAGAUGAGGAGGAGGAAGACAAAGAGGAAGAGGAGGACAAGCAGUAUAACCACCACCUCUUGGAGAUCAAUUCCGUGGUGGAGGUGAACGAUCCGCCGAUCUACGGGGUGAUCCGAUGGAUCGGGGAGCCCCCUGAUGAAGAUGAAGCUAUUGCUGGGCUGGAGCUGGUGAGAACAAGGGUGUGGCAGGCUGGGGUGUGUGGCACCUGAAUCACGUGCUCAUUUUGUUGCACACAAUGGCUUCAGUAUAAAAUCUGUGCAGUGAAUUUCCAUAUGCUCUACCAAAAAUAGUUAUCUUUUGCUUGUGGGGGCAGAACGCUGGUCCGCCAUCUGUUUGAUGUUGAGCUGCCUAGUUGCAAGUCUCUCUUGGGGUGAACUAUUGGUAAUCGUUAAUUUAAUCUCGGAAACUUCACAUUUCAAAGAUGCACACGUUUUGCUCAGUUACUCUCCUUCCCUUUGGAAAUUGCCAAAAGCCAUGAAUUUACACACUUCAUGCAUCCAGCAAGGCCAGCCAAACAAACAGGGCUUCAGCACUGGAAGAUUGAACCAUUGCAGUAAUGGAUUAAGGAUCUGCCAGUUGCUCAGAAGUGCAGGUGGGCAGAGUACUGUUGUGCUUAUGUCCAAUUUUCAGACUUCCCAUAUGCAUUCGAUCAGCCACAGAAUGCUGGAUUGGGCUCUGGCCUGAUCCAGCAGGCCUAUCUUACGUUUUACGUGUGUUGGGUUGAAAUAAGCGACAGACGAAUGGCAAGGUGUCAUACGGGAGGCAUCUCUCGAGCAAGUCUCGGAGAGUCCCCUUUAUUGAAUAUUACAGCAUUUGCCACAUAUGUGCUUAUUGCUGAUUGGUUAACACAAGUACAAAGCAAAGGUUACAUUAAUCACCAAUAGAUUAAAGGUUGGGAAAGGGAGCACAGAACUAGACAGGCAUGAAACCUCCUAAUUAAAUUAUAACUAAUGAUUGAUAUAGCAAGACUUAGACAAUUACAUUCCGAUAGAUGUGGUCAACUAUGCAUUAAGAACAGGUCAGAGUAUAAUGUUUUCAUGAACUCAAUAUGAACUGAACAUUCUAGGAUGAUGAGGGAAUGUCUUGGUAUUAGAACAAUUUGUGCAGCAUGUGCAGAAGAAAAGCUUAGAAGCAAAACUUCCCAUCAUGCCACAGUCAUGUGCAGAAGCAAAGCUUCCCUUCAUACGUGAAAUGUGCUUGAACUUAAAUCUCACAGCACUGUUAUUUCCCCUCUGCGGUACUCAUUUACUACCUGUUGAGGUGCGAUGAGUCUUGUCUUGCUAUCCCAGCUGGUAUGCAAAGAUGGCAUGUGCCAUCGCAAGCUGAAGGCUUCAGGUCAUAAAAUCACAGAACUGUAGAGCUGGCAGGAACCCAAAGGUUAAUCUAAGCCCCCUCCCCCCCAAUGCAGGAGCCACAGCUACAGAAUCUUGUUAAGGAUGGGCCUUGUAUGCUUUCCAGGAGGAACCGCUGCCUUCGGGAUGCACGGAUGGCCAGUACAGAGGGACCCGCUACUUCCACUGCCAACCCAACAAAGCACUUUUCGUCAAGCUGCGCCACUGCCGUCCUGACUCGCGCUUCGGCUCUCUGCAGAAUCUGGAGAACCCUGUUUUGCGUUGCAACCCCUUGGGUAUGGCAUAGAUCAUUAUAAAUACGUUUAUGUCCCAUAUUUCCUCUAGGGAGGAGCAUGUGAUUAUCCCUCUUCCCCAUUUUAUCCUCACGAAAACCCUGUGAGGUGGGUUUGGCUGAGAGGUGGUGACUGGCCGAAGGUCACCCAGUGAGCUCCGUGGCUGAGUGGAGAUUCGAACCCCAGUCUUCCUAGUACAGUUGUACUUCCGUUUAUGUAACCCUCUGGUUAUGUAAACUUUGGGAUCUGCGCACGGCAAACCCGGAAGUAUUUUACUGGGUUUUGCUAUGCGCACAUGGGCAGAAGUGGUCCUCAGGUUGCGGAAACCUCAGGAUCCGACCGGACCUCUGGAACAGAUCCCGUCCGCAACUGGAGGUACCACUGUACAGCUCUUCUUUUUUUGAAAUAAUUUUUCUGUGAUUUUACAAGUAUAAAAUUAUAACAACACAAUCAUACACAUCCAAAUUUAAACAUUAUAGUAGUACCUUGGUUCUCAAACUUAAUCCGUUCUGGAAGUCCGUUCCAAAACCAAAGCAUUUUAAAACUAAGGCACGCUUUCCCAUAGAAAGUAAUGUGGAUCAAUGGUCUCGUUAGAUAGUAAAAUUCCUGUUAAAUUGUUGUUUUAGGUUUUUUUUAAAGUCUGAAACAGAUUAAUCCAUUUGGGGGCCCUCAAAAAAUGUAAAGGAAAAAAACCUGGAUGUGCAUUUCCAAAAUAUAAGAUGAAAAACAAAUAAAACCUACAUACAGCAACAGUGUUUUGUGUUGUGUAGGCUCCUAUGAUGUAAGUAAUGGGCCCCGCCUGCUAGCCUGCUCCCUAAAAUAUCACAAAAAAUAGUGACAAUUUGUUGUUGACAAAGGACAGCUGGACAACUAAAGGUCCCCAUUACCUUCAGUAGCUUAGGGCCUCAUCAAACCUGAAUCCGGCCCUGUGUCUUAUACAUUUUUGCUAACUUACUGGGAGUCAGAUACCCCUAGUACAGCACUCUUAACCAUUAUUCCACACUAGCUAUCUGUGGAAGGAGCAAGGAAAGGAGGAGGGCUGAAGCCCAGUGACUCCCAAACAAGAGAGUUGGAAGCGUUCCUUGGAAGGUUAACCCAUCCCAUCAGAUGUAUCCCUGUUCUGUGCCCAUUGAAGCUGGGAGGCAUCUUGCAGCAUUAAUCACCUCCCCACUGCUCUGCCAGUGUAUGAGGGAAGGACCAUAGAUCAGUGGUAGAGCAUCUGCUUCCCAAGGUUCAGCCCUCGGCAUCUCCAGGUUGGGCUGAGAAAGAAAUUCUGGAGCACCACUACCAAUUGGUGUAGACCAGGCAUGGCCAAACUUGGCCCUCCAGAUGUUUUGGAACUACAGUUCCCAUCAUCCCUGACCACUGGUCCUAGCGAUGAUGGUAGUUGUAGUCCCAAAAUACCUGGAGGGCCAAGUUUGGCCAUGCCUGGUGUAGACCAAUGUUGGGUCUCUAGCUGUUGUUGAACUACAAUUCCCAUCACCCCUGACCCGCUGGCCUUGCUAGCUAGGGAUGAUGGGAGCUGUAGUCCAACAACAGCUGGAGACCCAGGUUUGGGAAACACCGAUGUAGACAAUAAUGAACUAAAUGGCCCGAUGGACUGACUUGGUGUCAUGCAGCUUCCCAUGUGUACACAGUGAUUUCAUCCUGGGGGUGGGGGGGGAGAAAGACCGACCCGUUUUCCCUGUCACUUCUAAUGUUUAACAGCUCACUGGGAACCCCAGAGGCAUCUCCACUGCCUAUAAAGCACAAGGUCAAAUCCGUGAGCAACCAGGCAAAGGGCAAGAUGCCAGGAGGCCCUGUGUUGUUCCUCACCUGUUCUCCCUCUCUCCCCAUCCUCCCGAAGACUUCCGUGGGUACACCAGCAGCAGAGUGGAAGAGGACACGCCACCGCCGCCGCUAGGUGACCAGGGCAUGGAGCAUCUCUCGGGAUGGAAGAAGGGGAUCCAAGGUCACUGCAACUCCUGCUACCUGGAUGCCACUCUCUUCUGGUAAGGUUGCAGCGGGGAGCUGAUGUGAUGCAGAGACCAAGAAAUUUGCUUCCUAAGACUGGAGCAGGUGGAAGCUCUGAACAGAUCUUGGGAGGAGGAGAGGGAAGGGAAAUUCCUUGUGUAAACAGGAUGACUGUUGGAUAUCACCCCACAAAAAUUAUUUCAUGUAGAUACAGGCAUGUCCAACAGGCAGAUCACAAUCUACUGGUAGAUCGCGGGGGUGUUGCAGGUAGACCACGGAAUGAAGUUUAGUGAGCACCUUUGGCCAACCCUCCCAUAAAAAAAGGUCAACAACUCCUGGCAAUGACAAUGAGUAGAUCACAGUCAGUCUUUUUAUACUGUGAGUAGAUAACAGUCUCUUGGGACUUGGACGUGCCAGAAUAUCUGCACAUAUGUUAGAAAUUGCAAAUCUGUCACUUGGGACCAAAACGUGGAUUGGCAAGUUGAUUAAACAUUUCCGUUCUGACAACCACAGUAUUUGCUGCAGAGAUGCCAACAGAUCCAACAAUUUUAGCAAGGAGGGAUAACUUCUCCAUAACUGGACAUGUAAACGUUGCAUGAUCUUAUCUUAGAGGGUGGUAAUUGCCAGCUUGGAAGCAAUAUCAUUUCAUUUUUGUUAGAGCAGCUGAUGAAAGCAGAAGCUGAAAUGUUUUGCCUCAUUAAGAAAAUUGGGUGAGGGUUUUUUUGUUGCUGAAAUCACAGGAACAAUAUACUAACUUUAGGUAAAAGUAAAGGAACCUUGGACCAGUCCAGUCCAGUCAAAGGUUGCGGCACUCAUCUCUUUCAGGCAAAGGGAGCCCGUGUUUGUCCUCAGACAGCUUUCCAGGUCAUGUGGCCAGCAUGACUAAACCGCUCUUGGCGUAGUAGGAUACCGUGACAGUAACCAGAGUGCAUGGAAACGCCAUUUCCCUUCCCACCACAUCAGUACCCAUUUAUCUACUUGCACUGGUAUGCUUUCAAACUGCUAGGUAGGCAGGAGCCAGGACUGAGCAAUGGGAGCUUACUCUGUCAUGGGGAUUCGAACCACCAACCUUCUGAUCGGCAAGCCCAAGAGUCUCAGUGGUUUAGACCCCAGUGCCACCCGCAUCCCCUUUUCUAACUCUGUACACACAGAGAGGUAGGUAGAUAGAUAUAAAAGGCUGGUUGUCCUCUUUUGGACUUAAAAAGACAUACAUAUCAUCUUCUCCGUUCCCAUUCCCUGGACUAAACGCUAGAAGCUGCUCCUAAGAGGUGGUAGGGGCAGAAUUCAGACAUCUCAACAACCACACUUUCUUUUUUUCUCGCUUGUAGCAUGUUCACUUUUACCUCAGUGCUGGAUUCGAUGCUGCUGCGCCCAGCAGACAAGAACGAUGGUCCGUCUUACACUGAAACACGGGAUCUGCUGAGAACGGAGAUCGUCAACCCUUUGCGCAAGUAAGUUCGUGUCGCCCUAGCCAUGGCUAAAAUGCCUCGGCUACUUCCUCCUCUUCCUUGGAUCAGGCCUAUGCCAUCAGGAGCCGUAUGUAAUGGGUAGGAUAAUGUCACAAUAUGGCAUAGUUCAUUGGAUUUGGCUCUGCGAUGACAUCGCCGAGGGAAAGUGAAGGCAAAGUUACAUUAAGAUGUAUAAAAUUUGAUGGGUCUUUCAGAAAAACUCUUUGCUUUCCCACACUUUGAGUCGCUUCCCAAGAAAUCCAUUACAUUUUCUGCUGGUGAACAUUUAAUGGGGAAAAAAUAGAAAAUGGGGGGGGGGGGGGAGUUCCAGAAGAUUGUUUAUCCAUUUCUUUGUAAACCUUAAGAAAUAAGUACAGGUAAGCGAAGCCUCUUUGACCAAGCCUCUGAGCUACUUGGGUUUCUUCUGAGCCUUGUAUUUCAUUAAAAUGCUCCCAUUUCAGUAGAAUUCAGAGUGAUUUUGCUGAAAAUGUAGUACUGCUUAUAAGCAUGUGUUACAUACUGCUGCUGCUUUUCCCCACCACCACUUUCUCUUUCAAAUCUAACCUGGUGAUAACACCAUCGUUGUUGUUGUUUUGUUUUUUUGCGGCGACAGGAAUGGAUAUGUCUGUGCCACCAAAAUUAUGGCCUUGCGGAAGGUUCUGGAGACGGCUGGACACUCCUCUGGCUUCACCCAUGAAGAAAAAGGUUUGAUGGCAGCCUGUGCAACGCUGUGGUGUGCUUGUGUGUUGGACUUUGGAUAACUCUGUAUAACGAAUUAGGAAGGGAGAUGGAUUCUGUGAACCUCAGAGCAUUGUUCCCCCAUUCUUUGUGCAUCAAACAAACGAGCCCCCAAAGUGCUACAUUAAAAUCCAGUUCUCAAUUUGCAGUAUAAAACAUGUUGCCAGAAAGGAUGAGGAUCUUAACUCUCAACUUGAUAACUCAGGCAGCAUGAUUAGUUAGGUUUUUUUGUUUGUUUUUAAGAAAUUGAUGUGACGGGUGGGAAAUUACUUCAUGUCCUCUCCCCUCACAGACCCAGAGGAAUUUCUCACCCUGCUCUUCCGAGUGUUGAAAAUGGAGCCACUCUUCCAGAUUCGGUGAGUAAGGCUUACCAUCCAUUUGCUAGAUGUGUGUAUAUCUUCUUAUAGACAUAAAAAUGUAAGGUUGUUGUCAUGCUGCAGCUCACAUGACUGUCAAUAAGUGGCAACUUCCAACUCCAGCAUAAGCACCAACUGGCAGGAGCAGCAGAGGUGGCCAGUGGCCCAGGCAUGACUGGAGGGUGGGGAGACACUUCGCACAGCGUUUUAGCUCCCCACCUCCUGUGAAGGGGAAUUGUGGGUGAAUCAUGAGGGGGAGGAGAUUGGAGGAAAGGGUGAACUAUGAGUAGAUAGGGUAGGUGGCUCGCUUAGAUGUUGAUGUCUUCUCACCUUUAUUUUAUCCUCUUCCCAUGAAGCUCUGCUGGUCAGGACCCCCACGGCUGCAUUUUCUACCAGAUAUUUAUUGAGGAUCACCUGACCCGGGCAGUGCCCACAGUUCAGGAGCUUCUGGAGGGGUCUCUGGUCACUGGGGACCUCAAGUUCACAGAGGUGAGUUCAAGGACUGGAAAGAUGGUUGGGAUCAAGUUCCCCACCACCAUGCAUGUUUCUGCAAGAGACCAUAAACAGGUUCCAAAAACGGAGGUCACCUGUGUUUAGGAGACCUCAUUUGUGUGGUGAAUGUUAUGGAAAGGGCCCUAUCAAUAACUGCCAUCCAUUCUCCCUCUUCUCCCAUUCCCCAUGCUUCCUUACUCCCUGGCAGGCCCCCUCUUGCCUCAUCCUGCAGAUGCCACGGAAUGGGAAGAACUUCAAGGCCUUUCGCACCAUACAGCCCAGCCUGGAACUUGACCUCACUGACCUUCUGGAAGACAGUAAGUGGUGGUGAUGGAGUGAAGAGGGAAAAGGGUGAUGAUGAUUUGUUUUUUUAGAGGACUGUCUCAGAGGGUAUGGUGCAGAAAGUGUUUGAGAAAGAAAAGAGGAGUGGGAAUGAAGAUGGAUUUGAGGAACCUGUCCUUUUUUUUAAAAAAAAAUGCUGUAUCUCCAUGCUCUCCGGAAGCUAAGCAAUAAUUUACAGAAAGGAUGAGAAGCCAUUCUUUAGUCCAAGGGACACAUUCCAUAGUGGGCAAGAUCCUGAGGGCUGGUGCGUGAGUGUGAGGAAGGAAGGAAGGGUGUGUGUGUGUGUGUGUGUGUGUGUGUGUGAGAGAGAGAGAGAGAGAGAGAGAGAGAGAGAGAGAGAGAGAGAAGAAAUGAAUAGACUGGUAGUUAAAAGAAUAAAGAAGGUGUAUUACUCCUGGAUAUACUGGUGGGGAAUAAAGUCACAGGCAUUUGGCUUUUUGCUCCUGGGAGGUUACUCAAAGGAACGUGGCUUUUGGGUUGGAAAAAUGGGUUCCCAGCCCCUGAAAUAAAGAGGUCUACUUUGGAGGGAGAAAACUACAAGUGGACAGGAAUGGAGAAGGAGGAAACAUUACCAAAACAACAACAACAACCCCCUCACUAUAUUUCAGCCACUUUGAGCUCCUUGGAAAAAACACAAACUUCUGAUAAUUGACUUCUAGAAAUAAAGUUGGGUGAAGAAGGGACUUCGUUUUAUCUGUUGGGGGGGGGGGGAAGGCUUCUUAGUCAAACUUGCAGAACAGAAAGGUUUUUCCAAGAGUUCCAAUCCUGGGUUGGAAAGGCAUUUUCGGAAUGAGUGCAGUGGAAGUGCUUCUAGUUUACCAUCGCUAUAGUUGUUGUGCGUGUGUGUUUUUAGGCUAUUUGCGUCUUUAAGCCAAGACUUCCAUUUCUUUGACUGACCCAAAUGUGUCCAAUCAACCCAUCGCAGGCCCUCGAGAGUGCUGCAUUUGCCAAGGGCUGGCUGUGACUGAGUGUCUGGAUUGCUACAGGGACCACAGCUUUGGCGCUCGCCACAUCAAGCAGUUCUGCAAGCUUUGCAGUCAGCAGGUACCGUGGGGUUGGUCACCAGCUUAUCAAAGCGGGAUAGAAUGUCAUUGCUUUCAUGUUAUCUGUAUACCGCAUAUACAAAAAUGGUCUUUUAAGCAGUUCACAGAGAAUUCUGCAAUAUCUUUGAGCGAAAAUGAGUCAUAGUGGGGAAUGGGAGAUUGUAGGCUGUCUAGUCCAGUCACCUCAAACUCUUUAAGACCUAGGAAUCUCACCUUUAGCCCAAAUAUGUAUUGGGUAGUUGAAGAAUGUAAUCCAGAAUGUGGCAGCCAGACUGGUGAUUGGGAGCGGCCACCAAGACCAUAUAACACCGGUCCUGAAAGACUUCCAUUGCUCCCAGUAUGUUUCUCAGCACAAUUCAAAGUGAUGGUGCUGACCUUUAAAGCCCUAAAUGGCCUCGGCCCAGUAUACCUGAAGGAGCGUCUCCACUCCCAUCAUUCUGCCCGGACACUGAGGUCCAGCGCUGAGGGCCUUCUGGCGGUUCCCUCAUUGUAAGGUUACAGAGAACCAGGCCAAGGGCCUUCUCUGUAGUGGCACCCGCCCUGUGGAAUGCCCUCCCAUCAGAUGUCAAGGAAAUAAACAACUAUCUGACUUUUAGAAAACAACUGAAGUCAGCCCUUUUAAGGGGAUUUUUCAAUGACUGAUGUUUGAUUGUGUUUUUUUUAUUAGGUUGGGAGCCGCCCAGAGUGGCUGGGGAAACCCAGCCAGAUGGGUGGGGUAUAAGUAAAUAAAUUAUUAUUAUUAUUAUUAUUAUUAUUAUUAUUAUUUUAUUAAUAAUAAUUAUCUUGGGAUUGGGCAGCCAAGUGGAUUAAGAAUGAGUUUAAUCCGUCAACAUGGACAAGCUCAACCUCCAACAAAAUAUUGCAGCGCACCCUCCCUUCCUAGCAGGACUGUUCCUGUUUAGGGUGGUCAGCCAUGCUCUCCCUCCCAACAGGCUGGUGCGCCAUUCAGCAUGUGGCCGCUUCUUCUGAAAGAAGCUGAAUUGCCAGACAUCAGGGAAAUAAACAACUAUUUUGACUUUUAGAAGACAUCGGAAGGCAGCCCUGUUUGGGGAAGUUUUUAAUGUUUGAUGUUUUGUCAUGCUUUUAAUAUUCUGUUGGGAGCUGCCCAGAGUGGCUGGGGAAACCCAGCUAGAUGGGUGGGGUAUAAAUAUAUUAUUAUUAUUUGUCCUGCUGGAUUGGGCAAGUGACCCAUCUAGUCUAGCUUCCUGUUCCUGCAGUGGCCAACCAGUUGCCUGUGGAACUGAGCACAAGAGCUCUUUUCCCUCUUGUGGUUUUGGGAAUAUCAUAUCCACACGUUCUGUGUGGAAAAGCACUUUAUUUUGCCUGCCCUGAACCUUCCAAUAUGCAGCAUCCGCUGGAUGUCCCUGAGUUUCUAGUAUUAUGAGUGAGGGAGAAGACCUUCCCUCUUUUUUCUACCUCAUUUCCUGCCCUCUGUAGGUCCAUAAACACCGUGCCCGGCGCAGCCACCAACCUCGCCCUCUGCAUCUCCCCGAGGAGCUUUCCCGCUUGGGCUCCUUGCCUGACUUCAUCCCCCGCCAGACCAUGCAGCUCUUCGGCGUCCUUUGCAUCGAGACCAGCCACUACGUAGCGUUUACCCGCCAUGGCCCAGAUGUUCACCAGUGGCUCUUCUUUGACAGUAUGGCUGACCGUGAGGGUGAGUGGCCUUAUCCUGCCUGUUUGGAAGAACACCCAGAGCUACUUCCUGUCAUAAACUAGGGAAAAGGGGUGUGGGUGGCGCAGUGCUGUGGUCUAAACCACUGAGCCUCUUGGGCCUGCUGAUCAAAAUAAUUAUUAUUGUUAUCGUUGUUAUCGUUAUUAUUUAUUUCUGCCCCGCCCAUCUGGCUGGGUUUCCCCACCCACUCCAGGCAGCUUUCAACAGAGCAUGUUGCCUGAAGGGUGGGAUAUAAACUGAAUGAAUUAAUAGUUAUUUCCCCCCAUGUAGAUACACUUUUUGGGGAGCCUUUUGCUUACUUUUUCUCCUUGUCUUCUCCUCCUCCUCCUAACCCUAUUAAUUUCCUUAUUUUUCCAGGUGGGCUGAAUGGCUUUAACAUUCCCCAAGUCACACCCUGCUCGGAAGUAGCGGACUAUUUGGCAAUGCCCCCUGAGGCACUCCAAGGCCUGGAUCCUAAAUCCUUGCCCAUAUAUGCCCGCCGGCUGCUUUGUGAUGCCUACAUGUGCUUCUACCACAGCCCUUCCCUUGGCCUGUACAAAUAAUACUUCCCUGGGUGAAGAAUGUGAGGUUCCAAGGGAUGGAAAUACAGAAUUCUAGGACUCCCAUGCCUGCACAGGUUAUGCUGUAGAUGUGGCUGGGAACCUGAGUCUCAAACCAGAGUUGUCCAGAUUCCCAGCCCCCAACAAACAGUGUGGAAAUGUGGGCUACAGCUGCACAGAGCCCACUUCCUGCUUCAGGAACAUUCUCUGUCCUGAUUGGCUUGCAGUAAUCCCUACCUGGAUUGGAUGCAUUGCACACUGGUUUUUAGAGACUGGCCUAUGCAAACUUCUUAAUUUAGGUUGGGGGUGGUGGUGUUUUCUCUCUCUUCCUUUUCAACCCAAGGGUUACAUUUCCUCACGGGCAAAUUUUCUGGGGCCACAUGUGUGUUGGUUAGGCAAAAGUAGUUGGAGCACUUUUCUCAUUCAAAAUUUUUAAGUUUUUGUGCCAUGCCUUGGAGGUUGCUACACACACACACUACUCGUGUGAGAAGCAGCCUCAAAAAUUCAGAAGUGCAUUCCGGACAGUAAGAAGCACAUGAGGGAGUGAAACUGGGCCAAUGAGGGUUGUGGCUUGGGAGAUGUAGUGCUGCCUUAUAAAAAGACACGGCCUGGUGGGGGCAUCUUGAGGGCCAUAUAGCCAGGACCAGAGGACCGCAUUCAGCCAUUGGGCCUGAGUCCUGUCCCUUCUGAUUUAGACAAGUCAUCACUGGAGUCUUUACCCUCACUCCAGAGUAUUGGUGGUAGCUACUCCACAUGGACAGAAAAACUGCUUGUCAUCCCUUCAGACCAGGAACAGGACACCUGUGGUCCCUCCAGAUGUUGUUACUCUAAUUCCCUUCAUCCCUGGUCAUGGACUUGCUGGAGCUGAUGGGAGUUUGAGACCAGCAACAUCUGGAGGGCCACAGGUUCCUCACAGCUGCUUGAAACAUUCCACUGACAGAGGCACUUUGUGUGUCAGUGACUUCUGUUUAUGUUACCUGUGGCCACCUCUGUGCUCUCCUCCUUCCUGCCCACUUUGAAUAGUAUGUAUUCAUUGAUCCUAAAUUACUGUAUUGUGAAGGACACCCUCGUGCCACACAAACCUGUGUGAACCUUGCUGUCCUAGUUGGACGUUGACCAAGUCUUCCCGCUAUCUGAAGUUCAGGUGAGAACUGACUGGAGGGCGUCUUUCACCUGUGGCGCCUCAUAAUUAGAAUUCCCUUUCCAAAGAAGCUUGCCUGGUACCACUUUUGUCCUCCCAGCACUAGGCUGAGGCAGAAUUGUGCAGGUAUUCCAGCAUUUUGUGUAGCUGGGGUUUCAGGUUUCUGUGCAUUUUUUAUUGUCGUUGUGUAAAGGCCAACAUUUUUGUACUGUACAUUUGAAUUUCAAUGUAUUUGUGUGCAUUGCUUUCAAGGCACGCUAGCCUGAGAGCUUUUGCUGAAAGGGUGGUUUAUAAGCUUUAAAAUAAACACAUAGCUGUCUCUGCCUUC